GCCGCCCCUAAGGCCCGACCCCGCGCCUGGCUCCUCGACGCUUUCCGCCGGGCCCUCUGGCCACGCAUGGGGGCCCGGCACUGAGGAACUCUUCUCCCCGGGGACGCCGGGGCGCGUCCCCUGAGGGCCAUGCCCGGCCGUCCCGCCCGCCCCAGAGGACCCUAGAGAGCGGCGCGGGGCGAUGGCGGCCGCCGGCGGCUAUACGGACCUGCGUGAGAAGCUCAAGUCCAUGACGGCCAGGGACAACUAUAAGGCGGGCAGCCGGGAAGCGGCGGCUGCCGCUGCCGCCGCGGUAGCCGCUGCUGCCGCCGCCGCUGCCGCCGCCGAGCCCUACCCAGGGUCCGGGGCCAAGCGCAAGUUCCAGGAAGACUCGGACCCGGAGCGCAGCGACUACGAGGAGCAGCAGCUGCAGCGGGAGGAGGAGGCGCGCAAGGUGAAGAGCGGCAUCCGCCAGAUGCGCCUCUUCAGUCAGGACGAAUGCGCCAAGAUCGAGGCCCGCAUCGAUGAGGUGGUGUCCCGUGCCGAGAAGGGCUUGUACAACGAGCAUACGGUGGACCGGGCCCCGCUGCGCAACAAGUACUUCUUCGGCGAGGGGUACACAUAUGGCGCCCAGCUACAGAAGCGAGGGCCUGGCCAGGAGCGCCUCUAUCCGCCGGGAGACGUGGACGAGAUCCCCGAGUGGGUGCACCAGCUGGUGAUCCAGAAGCUGGUGGAGCACGGCGUCAUCCCCGAGGGUUUCGUCAAUAGUGCCGUCAUCAACGACUACCAGCCGGGGGGCUGCAUCGUCUCACACGUGGACCCCAUCCACAUCUUCGAGCGCCCCAUCGUGUCAGUGUCCUUCUUUAGCGACUCCGCGCUCUGCUUCGGCUGCAAGUUCCAGUUCAAGCCUAUCCGGGUGUCCGAACCUGUGCUUUCCCUGCCUGUGCGCAGGGGGAGCGUGACUGUGCUCAGUGGAUACGCUGCUGAUGAAAUCACUCACUGCAUACGGCCUCAGGACAUCAAGGAACGCAGAGCAGUCAUCAUCCUCAGGAAGACGAGGUUAGAUGCGCCCCGGCUGGAAACAAAGUCCCUGAGCAGCUCUGUGCUGCCACCGAGCUAUGCUUCAGAUCGCCUGUCAGGAAACAACAGGGACCCUGCUCUGAAGCCCAAGCGGUCCCACCGCAAGGCAGACCCUGAUGCUGCCCACAGGCCACGGAUCCUGGAGAUGGACAAGGAAGAGAACCGGCGCUCAGUGCUGCUGCCCACACACCGGCGGAGGGGGAGCUUCAGCUCGGAGAACUACUGGCGCAAGUCCUACGAGUCCGCGGAGGACUGCUCAGAGGCGGCUGGCAGCCCUGCUCGGAAGUUCUGGAGGCCAAGAAUCGGAGAUCACUAUCACUGGACCAAAAUGAAGACUUUCAGCAGGGCCAUGCUCUAGAGGACGAUCUGUUCCUUGCCUCUUGCAGCUUCUGGUGGCUGUCAGCGUUAGUUGACUUCUGGCUGCAUCACUCCAAUCUCUGCCUCUGUGGUCACAUUGCCUCCACCUCUUCUGUGUGUAUCAAGUCUUCUGCCACUCUAAGGACAGUUGUCAUGGAUUUAGAGCCCACCUGAGUAAUCCAGGAUAUUCUUCCCAUGUCAGGAUCCUUAAUCACAUCUGCAAAGACCCUUUUUCGUUACGAAGGAGCAUUCACAGGUUCCUGGGAGUAGGGUGUGAUACCAUGACUCUACCCCCUACUCUGCUCUUUUCUCAAUCAGUUUGUUGUCAUUAAAUCUGAUACAUGACCGGCUGGUUUCUCAUCCUUGAACACAUUAAUUGGGCUGAAACUCCUUUCAACUUCGGCUCUCAUUUCUUUCAUUGGCCCGCUACCAUUUUUUUCCUUUUCCACGAGGCCAGAAAUGUCCUAAUUAGAAGCUCUUCCAUCAGCCUGGGUCACAGGAUGAAGAGGAGAGACUGAUGCCAGUGGACGUGUAGCCAAACAAGACGUCAACCUUUGUGGCUGUGAGCCACUGAGGUGUGAGAGCUGUGCAUUACCGUCUCUUAGCCUAAGUGCAACACUACUUUUAAACUUGCAUUACUAACAGCUUCUCCAUCACCUUCUUAAAUCUAGACCUGUGCUGUUCAGUACAGAAGCCACUGGACACUGGUUACUGAGCACUUGACCUGUGGCUAGCUUGAGAUGUGCUGUAAAGCGUAAAAUACACCCCGGAUUUUGAAGAGUUAGUAUGGAAAAAAAGUGAAAUUUAUCAUUAGUAAGUUUUUUAUAUUGAUUAUGUGUUGAAAUUAUAAUAAAAUGUAUCAGUAACUUUUAUAUUGAUUAUGUGUUAAAAUUAUAAUAUUUUGGACAUACUGUGUUAAAUAAAAUAAGCUAUUUGACCUGUUUGCAUUACUGUUUUACAUGUGGCUACCUGAGAAUUUAAAGUUAUAUAUGUGGCUUGCAUUAUAUUUCUAUUGGUCAGCGCUCAUCUAGAAAAUGAAUAAAAAUCAAGCCUGAUUUGUGGUGUUUGCCAAUUUCCAUGGUGUAAAGUACAUCCAUCGUGGCUGAUUUCGAGCUACCAACAUGAGGUCACUGAAUAUGGAGUUGGGAAGAGACAUGCAGUAGCUUACCAUUGUACAGUUAAAAGAGCAGAAGCAGCAGUAAAAUGUAGUUAAAAUACUAAUGAAGUGAUGAGUUCUGAAUAUUAUUACCUUUGUUUUUAGUAUUUUGAGUUUAUAUAAUUUUUAAAUAAUGGCUAUGUUUAACAACUGACAAAAAAAUUUAAAAAUAUGACAACUGGCAAGUGGCCCCA